AUGAUCAAACUGGGUUUUGAUAAGCUUAGCAGUGAAAGCACAGCUCUUCGCUCUCUUGGUGGCUGGCAGCACUGGACUAGAUGUUCCACCAUGGUUGGCCUUCUUCCAGGAAUCUGUCGAUCAUUGGGUUCCCACAGUGCCAAGCACAAGGAAGGUGCAGAAAGGUUCAAGGUCUCUGUAACUUGGAACAUCUGGACCAGCCCAAUUUUGAAGAAAGGGUAUAGACAGCGCCUAGAAUUGUCGGACAUAUAUCAGAUCCCUUCUGCUGAUUCUGCUGACAACCUGUCUGAAAAGCUGGAAAGAGAAUGGGAUAGAGAAUUGGCUUCAAAGAAAAAUCCCAAACUUAUUAACGCCCUUCGACGAUGUUUUUUCUGGAGAUUUGCAUUCUAUGGGAUCUUACUAUAUUUAGGGGAAGUCACCAAAGCAGUACAGCCUCUCUUAUUGGGAAGAAUCAUUGCUUCCUAUGAUCCAGACAACAAAGCAGAACGAUCCAUUGCCAUUUACCUAGCCAUAGGCCUAUGUCUGCUUUUUAUCGUGAGGACACUGCUCCUACAUCCAGCCAUUUUUGGUCUUCACCACAUUGGAAUGCAGAUGAGAAUAGCUAUGUUUAGUUUGAUUUAUAAGAAGACUUUAAAGCUAUCAAGUCGUGUCCUAGAUAAAAUAAGUAUUGGACAACUCAUUAGUCUUCUUUCCAACAACCUGAACAAAUUUGAUGAAGGACUUGCCCUGGCACAUUUUGUGUGGAUUGCACCUUUACAAGUGACUCUUUUGAUGGGACUACUCUGGGACUUGUUACAGGCCUCUGCCUUCUGUGGCCUUGCUUUUCUUAUACUCCUUGCUCUUGCCCAAGCUGGAUUAGGAAAAAAGAUGAUGAAAUACAGAGAUCAGAGAGCUGGAAAGAUCAAUGAGAGACUUGUGAUCACCUCAGAAAUGAUUGAAAACAUUCAUUCUGUUAAGGCAUACUGCUGGGAGGAAGCAAUGGAAAAAAUGAUUGAAAACCUAAGACAAACAGAACUAAAGUUGACCCGGAAGGCAGCCUAUGUGAGAUACUUAAAUAGCUCAGCCUUCUUCUUCUCAGGGUUGUUUGUGGUGAUUUUGUCUGUGCUUCCCUAUGCAUUCAUCAAAGGAAUCAUCCUUCGAAAAAUAUUCACAACCAUCUCCUUCUGCAUUGUUCUGCGCAUGGCAGUCACCAGGCAAUUCCCUGGGGCUGUACAAACGUGGUAUGACUCUCUUGGAGCAAUAAACAAAAUACAGGAUUUCUUACAAAAGCAAGAGUACAAGACAUUGGAAUAUAACCUAACAACUACAGAGGUAGUGAUGGAGAAUGUAACAGCCUUUUGGGAAGAGGGUUUUGGGGAAUUAUUUGAGAAAGCAAAACUAAACAACAAUAACAGAAAGAUUUCCAACGGUGACAGUAGUCUCUUCUUCAGUAACUUUUCCCUUCUUGGUACUCCUGUCCUGAAAAAUAUCAAUUUCAAGAUAGAGAAAGGACAGUUAUUGGCAGUUGCUGGAUCUACUGGUGCAGGCAAGACAUCACUCCUAAUGAUGAUUUUGGGAGAGCUGGAGCCUUCAGAGGGUAAAAUAAAGCACAGUGGAAGAAUUUCAUUCUGUUCUCAGUUUUCCUGGAUCAUGCCUGGUACCAUUAAAGAAAACAUUAUUUUUGGUGUUUCCUAUGAUGAGUAUAGAUACAGAAGUGUCAUCAAAGCAUGUCAACUGGAAGAGGAUAUCUCAAAGUUUGCAGAGAAAGACAGCAUAGUUCUUGGAGAAGGUGGAAUCACACUGAGUGGAGGUCAACGAGCAAGGAUUUCUUUGGCAAGAGCAGUGUACAAAGAUGCUGAUUUGUACCUCUUAGACUCCCCUUUUGGACACCUAGAUGUUUUAACUGAAAAACAAAUAUUUGAAAGCUGUGUCUGUAAAUUGAUGGCUAACAAAACUAGGAUUUUGGUCACUUCUAAAAUGGAACAUUUAAAGAAAGCUGACAAAAUAUUAAUUUUACAUGAGGGUAGCAGCUAUUUUUAUGGGACAUUUUCUGAACUCCAAAACCUACGUCCGGACUUUAGUUCAAAACUCAUGGGAUUUGAUUCUUUCGACCAAUUUAGCGUGGAAAGAAGAAAUUCAAUCCUAACUGAGACCUUACGCCGUUUCUCCUUAGAAGGAGAUGUCUCUGCCUCCUGGAACGAAUCCAGAAAACAAUCUUUUAAACAGACUGGAGAAUUCGGAGAAAAAAGGAAGAACUCUAUCCUCAAUUCAAUCAACUCUGCAAGGAAAUUUUCAAUUGCACAGAAGCCUCCGUUACAGAUGAAUGGCAUUGAAGGGGAUUCUGAUGAGUCCUUAGCAAGAAGGUUGUCCCUGGUUCCAGAUUCUGAGCAGGGAGAGGGGAACUUACCUCGCAGCAACAUGAUCAACACGGGCCCUACAUUUCAAGGUCGGAGGAGACAGUCUGUUCUGAACUUGAUGACACACUCAGCUAGCCAGGGCCAGAGCAUUCACCGGAGGACCACAGCAUCUACACGAAAAAUGUCCCUGGCUCCUCAGGCAAGCUUAACUGAGAUGGACAUAUAUUCAAGACGCUUAUCUCAAGAGAGUGGUGUAGAUAUUAGUGAAGAAAUUAAUGAAGAAGAUUUAAAGGAGUGUUUUUUUGAUGAUGUAGAGAGCAUACCAACAGUUACUACGUGGAAUACAUAUCUUCGAUACAUCACUAUCCACAAGAACUUGAUUUUUGUGCUAAUUUGGAGCAUAAUUAUUUUUCUCAUUGAGGUAGCUGCUUCUUUGGUUGUGCUGUGGUUACUUAAAAACAGCCCUCCUCAAGAUGAUAGAAACAGCACUAAAAGUACAAACAACAGCUAUGCUGUGAUUAUCACCAACACCAGCUUCUAUUACAUUUUUUACAUUUAUGUGGGAGUGGCCGACAGUUUAUUUGCUCUGGGAAUCUUCAGAGGUUUGCCACUGGUACACACACUGAUCACGGUGUCAAAAAUUUUACACCACAAAAUGUUACGUUCUGUUCUUCAAGCACCCAUGUCAACCCUCAACACACUGAAAACAGGUGGGAUUCUCAAUAGAUUCUCCAAAGAUAUAGCAAUUUUGGAUGACCUUCUGCCUCUUACCAUAUUUGACUUCAUUCAGCUGCUAUUAAUUGUGAUUGGGGCAGUGGCCGUAGUGUCCGUUUUACAACCCUACAUCUUCCUAGCAUCUGUGCCAGUGAUAGCGGUCUUUGUCAUGCUGAGAGCUUAUUUUCUCCACACCUCCCAGCAGCUCAAACAACUGGAGUCUGAAGGCAGGAGCCCAAUUUUCACUCAUCUUGUGACAAGCUUAAAAGGAUUAUGGACACUUCGUGCCUUUGGACGUCAGCCUUAUUUUGAAACAUUGUUCCACAAAGCUUUGAAUUUACACACUGCCAACUGGUUCUUGUAUCUGUCAACACUGCGCUGGUUCCAGAUGAGAAUAGAAAUGAUUUUUGUUCUCUUCUUCAUUGUUGUUACCUUCACUUCCAUUUUAACCACAGGUGAAGGAGAAGGAUCAGUUGGUAUUAUUCUAACUUUAGCCAUGAAUAUCAUGAACACAUUGCAAUGGGCUGUGAACUCUAGCAUUGAUGUGGAUAGCUUGAUGCGCUCUGUGAGCCGGAUCUUUAAGUUUAUUGACAUGCCAACAGAAGAAGGUAACUCUACCAAACCAACAAAACCAUCCAAAGAUGGCCAGCUCUCAAAGGUUAUGAUUAUUGAAAAUCAGCUGGUGAAGAAAGAUGACAUCUGGCCUUCAGGAGGCCAAAUGACUGUCAAAGACCUCACGGCGAAAUACGUUGAUGGUGGGAACGCCAUAUUAGAGAGCAUUUCCUUCUCAAUCAGUCCUGGCCAGAGGGUAGGCCUCUUAGGAAGAACUGGAUCAGGGAAGAGCACUUUGUUAUCAGCUUUUUUGAGGCUUCUGAACACUGAAGGAGAAAUCCAGAUUGAUGGUGUGUCUUGGGAUUCAAUAACUUUGCAACAGUGGCGGAAAGCCUUCGGAGUAAUACCUCAGAAAGUAUUUAUCUUUUCUGGAACAUUUAGAAAAAACUUGGAUCCCUAUGAACAGUGGACUGAUCAAGAAAUAUGGAAAGUUGCAGAUGAGGUUGGACUCAGAUCUGUGAUAGAACAGUUUCCUGGGAAGCUUGACUUUGUCCUUGUGGAUGGGGGUUAUGUGCUAAGCCAUGGUCACAAGCAGUUGAUGUGCUUGGCCAGGUCUGUUCUCAGCAAAGCAAAGAUCUUACUGCUUGAUGAACCCAGUGCUCAUUUGGAUCCCAUAACCUAUCAAAUAAUUCGAAGAGCUCUAAAGCAAGCAUUUGCCGAUUGCACAGUUAUCCUGUGUGAACACAGGAUAGAAGCAAUGUUGGAAUGUCAACAAUUUUUGGUCAUAGAAGAGAACAGAGUGAGGCAGUAUGAUUCCAUCCAGAAGCUUCUGAGUGAGAAGAGCUUGUUCCGACAGGCCAUCAGCUCCUCAGACAGGGUCAAGCUCUUUCCCCACCGCAACUCUAGCAAGCACAAGUCUCGAUCCCAAAUUGCAGCUCUGAAGGAGGAGACAGAGGAAGAGGUCCAAGAAACCCGACUCUAGAAAGGAUUGCAAGGGAUUGCAUGAGACAUGGCUCAAAGAAGAAGUAUUGUGGGCCUUUGCUUUGAGCAGCAAGGAUGAAACUUUUGUUUUUGAAAGAAAGGGUACACUGGUAAGAAGAAUUAAGGAUACUCAUAUGCCUUUGGGUAACUGGAUUCCUGGCAAUGGUGAAAUUGUGUGAAGAGUACUUCAAAUCCUUGAAGAUUUACCACUUGUGUUUUGCAAGCCAGCUUUUCCUGAAAGCACUUGCCCUUUGGUAGUAGUUGGAAAGGCAGCUAUACAUGUCAACCAGCUCUGUUGUUCAGUUUAUUGUUUAGUGGUAAAUGUGGUUAAUUUGUGUUAUUGAAGAACUCAAAUCAGACCAGUUCAAGAUAUGAUUAAGUAAUGAUAACUGGAAACUUUAGUGGAUUAUGUGAUUUAUAACCUCUCUCUCACCUCUCUCCAAAAUAUUUAGAAAGACAAAUCUAUUGUCUUCCAAGCAAAUGUUGGAAUACUGUGGGAGCAACAAAAUGGCCCACUAGAAUAUGCCUAAACCUCUAAUUACAAUGUACAGACAUUGGAAAUUAGAGUUGGUGUCAGACAGUUCUAUCAAACAGGGAAAUAUUAGGAUGAGCAGAAUAUUUUCCUUAACUGGAGAAAGUACCUGGUGCAUUGACAAACAGGCCGAAUAAGAUAGCUCCCUCAACAUGGAAGUUCAAAUGCCUUUCUCGCACUCAGAAAGCAAAAAUCUUAUAAGACUCUGAUCUGCAGGAUGAUUGCAGAAGCUGCAGGUACAGAGCGAAUAGGUAGGUAGGCCAUGGGCUCUGUGGGUAAAUGCACAGGUUGUUCCAAAGCAGAAACGUACAGAGAGGUGGUAGUAUGCUUUCAGGAUAGCUUUGUGUGCCCUCUACAGAAUGGAGAGAGAAUGAGAGACUCCCGAAGAACAUUCA